GGCUCCUCCAGCCGGGGCCGCCCGGGGCCGCCGAGCCCGGCUCCCGCUGUGCGGGGCUGACGCCCCCCGCGGCCCUCACGCCGGGCUCCAUUCAGCCCCGCCGGGCCGCCCCCAUGACAGCUGCUGCCGCCGGCCCGCUCGGUCCCUCACACGCCGGGCAUAAAAGGACUAAUGUGCUGGCUGCUAUUUGUGCUGUACACAUUCCCAAAUACUUGACUCAGGACUUCAUAGUGAACAAGCCUUUCCACAGAAAUUUGAAACCUGUUGAAGCGUUUGCAUUUCUUCAAGUAAAAGAUGAUCCAGUUUAGUCCAACUUCAUUGAUCUGUCUAAAUAUCAUUUUUUUCAUUGGGGGUGAGACUGUGCUAGGUAAUGUCAGACCCUGUUCUACUAAGGGUACACUCAAUGGCAGUGCUAUGCAAACACCACCCAAGACUGCAGAAAAAAAUACAUCAACAGCUAUUUCAAAACAAAAGGAACAAUGCCUUGUGCCAUGUGAUAUUCAAGCUAAAAUGUUACGAGGAGAAAAACAUUACAUGUGCCGAAAUUUGCAGAACUCUCUUGUUGAAUAUGCAAGAAGUACAAAAAAGCUGAUAAGAAAUAUGAUGGAUGACCAACAGUCUUCUUUGGAUUAUCUUUCUAAUCAGGUGAGUGAACUUAUGAACAGGGUCCUUCUUUUGAAUGCAGAAGUUUUGAGAAAACAUUUGGAUCCACUUCCUUACAAAGCAGUUCAGUCUCAUGGACUGGAUUGCACUGAUAUUAAAGAUACCAUAGGUUCAGUUGCAAAAACUCCCAGUGGUCUGUACAUAAUCCAUCCAGAAGGAUCAAAUUACCCUUAUGAGGUUUUGUGUGAUAUGGAUUUUAAAGGAGGUGGAUGGACUGUGAUUCAGAAAAGAACCGACGGGAUAAUUGACUUCCAAAGAAAUUGGUCAGAAUACCUGGAUGGAUUUGGAGAUCUUUCAGGGGACUUUUGGCUUGGACUGAGGAAAGUUUUUCAUAUAGUAAAUCAAAAAAGAACAAACUUUAUGCUUUAUGUGGGUUUGGAAUCUGAAGAUGACAGAUAUGCCUAUGCAUCUUAUGACAACUUUUGGCUAGAGGAUGAAGCGUGUUCCUUUAAAAUCCAUUUAGGGCGUUAUUCAGGAACUGCUGGUGAUGCAUUUCGAGGAUACAGAAAGGAAGAUAAUCAGAAUGCAAUGCCUUUCAGCACUUUUGAUGUAGAUAAUGAUGGAUGCAACCCAGUAUGUUCUAUCCAAGAGCAGCCCGUGAAGAGCUGCAGUAAUUUCAGCGAUAACACUGGCUGGUGGUUCAAUCAGUGUGGCCUUGCAAAUCUCAAUGGUGUUCAUCGUUUCACAGGAAAGUUUCUUGCAACAGGGAUUCAUUGGGAUACAUGGGCAGAGAAUAAUAAGCCAAUCAGAAUUAAAUCAGUUUCAAUGAAAAUUAGAAGAACCUAUAAUCCGUAUUUCAAAUAGCAGCCUAAUAACAUAGAAUUAUAGCUCUUUUAGCAAUUAUGCUGGUUGAUAUAUCAGCAUAAUCUUAAAGCCUCUCACUUGUAGUUAAAUAAUCCAGUCUUAUGAAUUAUGUUAACUAUUUACAUACAGUACUACUUUGUUAACUGCACUUUUCAGCACUACUUAAUCAAUUUUAUUUCCUUUAUGAAAUUAUGCCUGAUGAUAUUAUACUACCAUAUGUCAGUAUAGCUCAUGGGUUAGCACCCUCACCUCUGAAUGAGAAGGUCCUACGUGUAAUAUUUAUCAUAUGAGCACAAGGCUUUUCACAUUCAUUAAUCUCUAUUCAGCUGCCUCUUAUGAAAUUCUCAGAACUGAUGGCAGCAUUUUAACACACACAUCUUUGCAUUUUACAUUUUUUUCAAAUAAUAAAGUGACAGUAAUGCUGACUUUUGAAAUUAGUUUCUCUGCAUAUCUGAGUUGCCAAGAAACAAUCAGAAAAAAAAUCUAUCAUCAGUAAAAUGCAGCAAAACACAUGUGUGUCAUUAAGAUAAUUUAGAAAAAUACAUUAUUUCCUUUAUCUGGCAUAAACUUCCAGACUCCUGCAAUCCUUACUUAAGCAAGACUCUCACGGAUUUCAAUAGAAAUCCCAUUAAAGUAGGGUCAACAUGGUCAAGGAUACUUUCAGAUCUGAUUUGUAAACUAGUUAGGCAUGCACUUCCACGCCCCAAAACUAUAGCUCUAUUUUGCACUCAAAAAUGCAUGGCUGAUUUCUUUAACAAGUGAGUCCUUAAUAUGUAAAACAGAUGUAGGGCUUUCUAAUGGCCUAAAUUAUGAAUUCACUAAAAAUGAAUGCAUGCACGACAUGCCUGAUCAC